AUGUUAUCAAACUGGGAAAAUGAUGUUCAACUUGCAACUGAGGAGUACAAGAUUAAACUUGAAGACACAAUCGAAAGAGUGGAUGAAAAAUUUGAGAGCAGUGGUGAGAAAACAUGCGAAUUUUGCGGGGAAAAAUUCCACUUUGUCACGAGAUUAGUGGCACAUUUACGAAUAGAACACGGAAUAUUAAGACCCUUUAAAUGUGAUCACUGUGGUAAAACAUAUCCACAACAAUUUAUGUUAAAUGCUCACGUGAAAAAAUCACAUACACCAAAAAUAGUGCCUUGCAAUAAAUGUGAUUUCAUGGGCGUAUCAAAAUCUGACGUUGAACGACACAUUAAACGUUUACACAAGGAGAUGAAAUUUAUUUGUGAAAUUUGCAGCGAAGUAUUUAAUCGUGAGGAGGAUUUAAUGACACACACGGCAAUGCAUGAAUUUAUGCAAUUUCAUCAAUGUAAUGCGUGCGGCGCCACAUUCGACGAUGUUUACACACUCAGGGAACACAAUCAAUUGUAUCAUUAUAAUCAACAAACAAUAGAAACACAAAAUGAGGAGACAGCACGUGAGCAUAAAUGUGAUAUUUGUGGGAAAGUUUAUAAAUAUCGUUCAAUGUUGAAGCAACAUAAAAUAAAGGGUCAUUCGGAUACGGUGCAAACUGUUGAGAGGCGACGUUAUCUUUGUGCACUUUGUGGAAAGGAAUUGAAAACUGCGAAGGGCUUGGAAAUUCAUACACGAUCGCAUACGGGCGAAAAACCUUAUACUUGUGAGGUUUGUGGUAAAUGUUUUGCGUGCGAAACACUUUUAAGGACACACAGCGUGACGCACACUGGUGAACGAAAAUAUUCUUGUGAUCAAUGCGGAAAGGCUUUUACUCAACGAUCAACUUUAGUUGUUCAUAAAAGGUAUCACAGUGGCGAAAGGCCUUAUUUGUGCCCCCGAUGCUGUAAGGGCUUUGUCACAAGGACUGUACUUAAUACUCAUUUAAAAUCAUGUCGUUGA